AUGAGGUCCAGCAUCAAUGGUGCACUGGUCAUAGACACCGUCACAGCAGCCUCCACCUCCUGCAGCAGUGAUGAAGACCUGCCGGACUUCAGCUCUCAAAGCGACCUGGAGAGUGUGGCGUGUGACCCAUCCGAUGCUCCUGCUGACGGUGGAGUGGCAUCCCCCUUCACUGGGCCGCAGGAAACACAGGUCCUGUCUCUGGCUCAGAGAGUUCAGCUGAACCGCAUCAUCCUUCAACAGCUGCUCAAGUCACCUCCAGCUGAGAACACAGAAACUAACUCAGGUUCUGAUUUAGAUGAGUCUGAUUCAGAAGAUCAUCAAAAUGGAAACACAAACGGUGAGCUGACGUCAGCCUCUCCCCUCCCCCACCCGCUGUCCCGGGCCUGUGCGUCUGUCAAACCCUUUGUGUCAGCCCGGUUGCCUCGGCAGCAACAGUGUGCGGACGGCGCUCGUAUGAAGCGUCGGCCCGGACCCCUGAGAGCCGACCACAACCUGCUGGCCCCCGACCCGCGAGACCUGCCGGGGGUCAGGCACUGUGCUGCCUCCCAUGUGAAUUCUCUACCAGGACACCAUCAUAACGCCCCACACACCCAGGCAGGAAACUGGUCCGCAAGACGGCGACCGGAAUCCUCUCCAAACCGCCGGCUACGCUUUGAAGAUGAAACUGAGACUGAGGCGGAGUCACGUUACCUGGAGCGGCAGAAGAGGAGGGCGGGGCAGCAAGUGCAGGACAUCCUAGUAUCCAAACCAGAUGUGUCACAUUAUGUCAGUGGCAGACAUAAAUUUAAGGGGGAAAGUCAGCACAAAAGUCAACAAGGAGUCAAGCUCCAACUUCACCCAACUCUUCCGGUUUACAGCCACGGCCAAAUGUUGUACCCAAUUCCACCUGCCAGACCUGUGAUCAGUCUGCACACUGAGCCCAUCAAAGAGACGUACAUCGGUGUGGUUAUGUUCAGCGACAGCGAUGGAGGAGAAACUGAGGAGAAGGUGUACUACAGGAGAGCCUUAAGUAGAAGGAAGACCAGUCACAUAAAACAAAAUGGACUUCAUAAACAAGCCACACCCCAGCCAGACCUGCCUGUGAACCCAUAUGCCCCAGCUAAUGUUAAAGUUCACUCCUAUUCCAUUUUCUCUCCUCCUCCCGCAUUAGUCUCAGUGACUCCACACAAUGGAAAGCCCAAUGACACACAGACAGACAAAAAGCAUAAAAAAAGCAAAGCCAAAGCCCAAAAGUGCCAGAUCGAUGACCUCACAGACCACGAUGAACAGAGGGUCUCAGAGGUGGAAGCACCUGACAGUGAAAGCAGCAAGUUGAAAACACCUUCUGCAUCAACAGGGGGUCAUAACAUUCUUGCGUCAUCCAAGUCCAAUGGAUCCAAAAGUGGGAAAGAGCCAAUGAGAGCAGAGCAUCGAUCGCCUCUGGAGCCGGUGGAGGGCUCUCGUCUGUCUCUUCGUCGCCUCUUCUCCUCUGUUCGAUUGGGCCGCAGUCGGAGCAGUAGUCUGGACCGGACCAGUUCACACACUCUGCCCGGGGAUCAGCACCAGUCCCACAGUUUGAAGAAAACCCCCUCUGUCCAGUCUCUGACAAUGGGGUCAUCAUUUUUAAGUCUAAGAAAGUCUGCUUCUGUUCAAAACUUUAUGUCAGAGCACAAAAAAGAUCGAUCUGAACACUACAAACCCGGCACUCAAAGUGCCCUGCAGCGGUGCCUGAGUGUGGAGGAUGUGAGCUGUCCGAGCUCCCUGCGCUCUGUGGGUCGGAUUCUCCAGGUUUACACAGACGGAACUCUGCUUCUAGAACUCUGUCGACCCAAGAGCCAAACGUACGGAUUUAUUAUUAGCAGAGGAAAAGGACGCACUGACUCAGGUGUGUAUGUGGAGGAAAUGGUGGACAGCAGCACUGAGAAGCUGUACGCCGGACUGUUGGCGAUAGGAGACGAGAUCCUGGAGGUGAAUGAAGAGAAAGUGGCCUGUCUGAGUCUGGACCAGGUGACCCUCCUGCUGAGCCACAGCAGCACAGUGAGAGUGAGAGUCCUACGACAAAGGAAGCCUCCCUCUCGGUGA